CCGACGCGGAAUGGGGGACCCUAGAGGAAGGGACACCGCCGCGUUUCGUCGAAAUAGGAAGGGAAGGAGGCAGGCAUGGCGUCAGGGCGGCUGGAGGCUUGCUUGGAGGUCCUGAGCUCCGCCACUUCCGAGCCCGAACUCUUCCUCAGUGUUCAGGAUGGCCUUGCUGGUGAAUUCAUCUCCCUGACCAAAACCUUAUAUGAUUUCCAUAAGGCUCUUGGGUCAGACCUUAUUUCUGGAAGCCCCUUAAAGGAAAUGGUGGUAGAAAACUUCGAUGAGGAACAAAUCUGGCAACAGCUGGAACUCCAGAACGAUGCGGUUCUGGGCUACUUCAAGAAAGCCGUUGCAAGGACUGUGAAGGAGAAGGCUGAGCUUUCCCUUCUUCCGUCUUCGGAGGACGAGGAAGAGUCUGUUGCAGGAGAUGGUGAGGACCAAAUGGAAACUGAGGACCAUCUAGAAGAAGAGCCAGAGAUCCACAAUGGUCACCUUGAAGAGGAAAGCAAGGAUGCAGAAAAGAAAAGCAGACUAAAUGCAACAGAAGCCCAUCCGUUUAGCGAUGAGGAUUCGGACAUGGACUUUGACAUUGAUAAAUUAGAACAGCAGACCCGACAACGGCCAAGGAAUACGUUGAAAAAGGCUGUCGAAAAAUCCAUAGUGGAUGACAGGUUCUUCAAACUCUAUGAGAUGGAGGCUGCUUUGGAUGCAGCAGAGAAAAAAGAAAACAAAAAGGAGGAGGAUGGUGGCGGUGAUGAUGAUGGUGAUGAUGAUGAAGAAGAAGUAGAUUAUUUUGAGGAUGUUCUUUCUGAAGAUGAUGAUGAUGAUGACACUGAAGAAGAAUUUGGAAAAGCCACCAUGAAGCUGCCCAAAAGUGCUCGUGAUCUUAAAUACCAAGAUUAUUUUGAUCCUGUGGAUGAUGACGAAGGUUUCAUGAGUGAACACAAGGAUGAGGAAGAUGACCAGAGUGAAGGACUGAAAGAUGAUGAUGAUGAUGAUGAUGAUGAUGAUGAUGACGACGCUCUUGAUGAGAUGGAGGAAGAAGAGGAUGAAAUCAAACAGACAGAGAAUAAUAAAAGCAAAGAAGCUUCUAAGAGAGUGACAUUCACCUUGCCGUGCGAUAGUGACGGGGAAGAAGAUGUGGACACAUUCCAGGGAAAGGCAAACAAAUCCCCCGAAAUGAAAUCCUCCUUUGAGAAGAGACAGGAAAAGUUGAGUGAAAAGAUUAAGAAGCUAGAAGAAGAGCUGUUGAUGGAGAAGCCUUGGCAGCUGAAAGGCGAAGUGACAGGGCAGAAACGGCCGGAGAACAGCCUUCUGGAAGAAAUGCUGCUUUUUGACCAUGCUGUCAAAAUGGCUCCGAUGAUCACAGAAGAAACAACUCUUGAGCUUGAAGAGAUCAUCAAGAGACGGAUAAAAGACCAGGCUUGGGAUGAUGUUGUCCGUAAAGAAAAACCCAAAGAAGACCCUUUUGAAUACAAGAAGCGUUUGACUCUGGACCAUGAGAAGAGCAAACUGAGCCUUGCUGAAAUUUAUGAGCAAGAAUAUUUGAAACUUAACCAGAAAAAAUCCGAAGAGGAAGAAAAACCCGAGCAUAAAGAAAUAAAGAAAAUGAUGGACUCUCUCUUCCUCAAACUGGAUGCCCUUUCCAAUUUCCACUUCACGCCCAAACCGCCUGUCCCAGAAGUCAAAAUUGUCUCCAAUCUCCCUGCCAUCGCCAUGGAAGAAGUCGCACCUGUGAAUGUUAGCGAUGCUGCGCUCCUUGCUCCCGAGGAGAUCAAGGAGAAAAACAAAGCUGGAGAUGUGAAAACAGACGCCGAGAAGACUUCCACGGAUAAAAAGCGGGAGAGGAGGAAAAAGAAGCUUAUGAAGCGCAUAAAGCUGAAGGAGAAAGAGAAACGCCAGAAGCUCCUGGAGAAAACGUCAGAACAGAGUCCCAGGUUCAGCAAGAAAGCUGCGGCUGUCCAGCUGAAGAAGCUGACCAAGGAAGGGAGAACUUCGAUACUCAAGGAUGAUGGCAAAGACAAGGCUUUGAAGUCCUCCAAGGCGUUCUUUUCCCAGUUGCAAGAUCAAGUGAAAAUGCAAAUUAAAGAUACCAAGAAAAGCCAGAAGAAACCGAAGAAACGAGAGCUCUCUGCCCAGAAGCUGAAGCUAUAAUAUAUUAUGCAUGCAAUAUUUUGUAUAAAUUAAAGUAAGGUGGAUUCCUCCUCCUCCCUUUUCUUAA